GGACAUAGCAGGAUUUUCAAAUGAUAAUUUUAAUGUAAAGGAUUGGGUUAAUAAAAUACUUGAGUCUCUAAACUCACAAAAUGACAAAGAUGCAUACGUUACCUCGCUAGUAAUGAAAUUACAGAUGUACGUUCAACAAGUUAAUUUAACUGUUGAAGAAACAAGCCAAAAUGUUUUAGGAAGUCUACCAAGAAUAUUUCGAGAGACUCAAUUACUUCAACAAGAAGCAGCUUCUCUUAAAGACAAAUUGUCUGUUGUCAAAGAUGAAAUUGCCAAGAUUGAAAAAGACACCUCAAUCUCAAUAACAUCUUUGGCAAAAAUCGACAAAAUAAAGUCCGACUUGGAACAAGCUAAGCAAAGCCUGCACGAAGCAGACAAUUGGUCAGUCCUAGCGAACCAAGUUGAAGAAAGCUUCGAAACCGGUGACAUCGAGGUAAUCUCGAGCAAGAUUUUCAGCAUGCAAAAAUCCCUGAGCAUGCUGACGACUUCUACCGACUACGAGGACAAGAAACUCCAAUUAGAGGGUCUAAAGAACCGACUUGAAGCUCUCGCGAGCCCUCUGUUGGUCCAAGCGUUCACCACCCGCAAUCUCGAUCAAUCAAGGAUCUACGUGACAAUUUUCUCUCAAAUUUCACGGCUGGACCAGCUGGAAAAAUACUACAAAAAUUGCACCCGAGUGAACCUAACCUCGGAAUGGCAAAAAAUAUCCAGCUCAGAGGAUCAAUUUCCCCAUCAAUUAAUCCAAUUUUUCGAUAAACUGUUAACAAAUUUUCCCGAACAAUCAAAAACAACCACCGCAUUAUUUCCAAACGAUACAGAAGUCCCUUUAAAAUUGACCCUAACCCUAGAAAUCUACACCGAGUUGCUAACAAGCCUCAGCAAGACCUUCGAGACGCAAAUAUUAACUUACCUGCGUCAGUUCCCGCCCCCAGAGCAAUUGACAUCCCUGAUAAACCUAAGAAGCAUCUUUGACAGCUUCGCAACAAACUUCAGCCACUCGCUUGACAACAUGGCGCCCAAGAGUGGUUCCUUACCGACUUUAGCCCUAGCCAAGAGUAUCUACUGCUCUCUGGUGAGCUUCAUUUCCAAGUACACCACCUACGAAACUGCCUUUCUGACUUACCACCUGCAGAACUUACUUUCUACGCCAUCUAGCGGCGAACUUAGCGAGCUAAUUCACGAGUUGUCGCUCAGCGUGCCACGGGUACACGAAAUGGCGGCUGAAAGCUUCAAGCGGUGCGCUAACUUGACGAAUUUCUGCGGAUUUUCCCACUUGGUAAUGUCGAUAAAUAAUUUACUGAUUAAUUAUUUGGAGAAUUACUCCACUUGCUUGUCGCUGAUUGGCUCUGGGAGGUCUAGAACCGAGAACUGGGGUCUGUUCCAGCAGUGCUUAACCUUAAUGCAGAUAAUUGGGAGUCUUCAACUGACAAUAAAUGACAUAAAUCGCCAAUUAAUCGCCUUAGUUAAUGAAAAUCAAGCGAGAUUAAUUAAUUGUAACAAUAAUUUUGGAAAAUUUCACUUGUUGCUGACGAAUAAUGGCGAUAAAGUUAUAAAGGAAAUGGCCGACGUGGUUAAUGGCGGCCAUUUUGAUGAAGUUAAUAAACGGAUUAAUAAAUUGUGCUUAAGUUUGUACCGAGGAACUUAUGAUGUAAUUUUUGGACCAAUUUACACUCAACUGCUGGUUAUUAAGACACUAAAAUGGCGACGGGUCGACAAAAUGGCGGCCAAUGAAGUUGACCUACCGGACUACAGUUUUAUACCUCAGGAAUUUAUAACCUUGGUUGGACAGUACUUGAUGACCCUUCCUCAGCAUUUGGAGCCAUUUUUAUUGACGGAUAAUCCGAGCUUGAAUUAUGCGCUCAAAAUGGCCGACGACAAGUUCAAUCAUAUGGAGAGCGGGAGUGGGGGAUUUACAGGGAUUUUGCUGGGAAUUGUUGCUAAAGACGCUUGUCAGAUGUUCUUGGAUCAGAUUUUGGGAAUUUGUGAGCUAGAUGGUAAAGGUUGCAAACAAUUGGCGGUGGAUAUUGAUUAUUUAGGGAAUAUUUUGGAGGAAUUGGGGCUUAAAUUGACGGAUAAUCUUAGUGCGGUGGCGCUGCUGCUUAGAUUGAGUCCUGAAGAGUAUUUGGAGGGGAGUGUUGGGUUCAAUCCGAGAAUUGUUGCCGCUGUUAGACAGAUGAGAAAUAUUCCCUCGGGAUAA